GGAAGGAUUAAGAGCUUAUGGGUGUGUGUUUUUGAGAGGAUCUGUUUUCCCUCUAAUAUCGAAACUGAAGGGUCCUUGGGACGUUUGUGGUAGGGAGCAGUUUGGAUCCGCCUGUUACAACCCCUCUGCUAAGAAAUCCCCGCUAAGAGCAGCUGCUGCAAUCCACACAAUUGGCUCAAGGGAUGGUCUCCACGAGCUGGCUGAGACUAAUCAAGCUACUCGGAUCAGAAAGAAGAUAGCAGGCGUCUGUAUGAUCUAAUCAGGAAGUGUAACAAUCUAGUCAAGAAACCAAAACACCAAACGAUCAACAGAAUGGCAGAAAACCGAGACCAGGAUCCUCAUCGGACCUACCCGGCCCAAGAAUUGAUGAGAAGAGAGGAGGAGAGGACUCCCCAGGUCCAAGAAGGUGAAAAUGUAUUGAGGACCCACCAAGAAAAGAUGAUUGAAGAUUCUGGUUCUGUCCAACUGAAAACCUCCCCAGAAAUAGAAACACUAGGUCCCCAAGAGACAAACAGUGUGUCUGGAAGCCCCUCCGCAGUAAAUGAAGAGGAUUCCUCAGAGGGAAGGCCAGUGAGUUCUGAUGGAAUUUCUCUGAAAACAAACACUGAGGUGUCUCCAGGCCUUCUGAACCUUAACACAAUGAGUAUACCAGACUAUUCCCUGGACAAAGACAUGGUAUUUUCCUUAGGUAAAAGGAAAACAUAUUCAGUGCCAGUUGCUCUGGAGGAGAAAAUCAUAGGGGAACCCCCAACCGAAGAGGAGAACAGUGUACCCACCCCCAGAGGAGAGCCACAAGAUCCCAUAAUCCAAGAAACCACAAUUCCAUCUGCAGACUUCCUGGAACCAACGAAAGAGAGUAUCUCAAACAAGGAAGGAGAGAGACCCCAAGACACAGCAAGGAAGAGACACUCAACUGAAGCGGUGAAGUCAGAGGCUGAAGCCCAUCCACAAGAGACAGAGACCAGGCAGGAAGCAACGCCAGAGAAGGAGAAGUCCUUUUUAGGCAAUGGUCUUGCCUCUCCUGCAGCUUCACUGGGAGUCCUGGUAGUUGUGGUUUGUUUCAGCAUAUAUUGCAAUGGCUACUAUACUUCCCAGCCCCACCAUGUGCCAGAAAAUCCAGCCUUGGAGGCCUUCUUGUCUGGGUUUAACCAGCUGAAGGACAGCUUUCCGGGCCAGAGCUCUUACCUGUGGGUUAGAGGGCGAAAAUUAUUGCAGAGGCAUCUCAACAGUUCCAGUCAUAGCGAGCCAGCUAUUUUAAUCUUUACUGCUGCCCGUGAAGGUGAAGAAACCUUAAAGUGCCUGAGCAACCGUAUUGCAGAUGCCUACUCCACCUCACUCCGUGCCAGUACGAUCCAGAUUGACGGAGCUGGUAAAGCCACGCUCAGCAGCGACAAAGCUAAACUGGAGGUAGAUUAUGAGCUGAGCACCGGCUUUGAGGAGGGCAAGAGAGCUGCAGUGGUGCACCGGUUCGAGUCGCUACCGGCUGGCUCCACCUUGAUCUUUUACAAGUACUGCGACCAUGAGAGCGCGGCCUUCAAAGACGUGGCGCUGCUCUUAACGGUCCUGCUGGAGGAAGAGAAGCUGGAGGCUAAUAUAGACCUACAGCAGGUCGAGGAGAGAGUCCGUGAUUUCCUCUGGGCCAAAUUCACCAAUGCCAACACUCCCCGCUCCUACAACCACAUGGACACCGACAAGCUGAGUGGGUUGUGGAGCCGCAUCUCCCACCUGGUCCUGCCCAUCCAUCCAGUAAAAGCCAUAGAAAACAAUGGCUGUUCUUUCCAAACCAAACCGUAGCGGUGAAUGAAAUCAGCUUCCAGGACAGCUAAAGCCUUUGUGUAGAGGAGGCAAGUUAUUACUAAGCCAGGGAUCUGGAGCCAUUAAUGAACAAUGAGCUCACUUUAUAAUAGCAUGACACUGUCACAUCUAUUUUUACCUCUUGGAAAGAUUUUAUAAUUUUCAAAGUGAGACCCAAUAGAGCAGGCGUUGACUGGCUAAGCCGUCUCAGCCAAUCAUGUUGGAUAUACACUAGAAUGAUGCUUCCCAUUUGUGGAUUGAUAGAUGGGAAGAGCUAGUACUUUAAACUGCUAACUGCACAGCUAGAAGAUUAUGGCCAAUGGAGAGAAUAGACAGGGAGGGGAGUGGUUACUGAAGGGACAAUAUCACCUUGAAAAGCAGAUUUAUCCUGGAAAAGCUUGGACCUAUUAUAGAUACAUGUAACACAGGAGGUUACUAUAACUGACAGAAGCAACUGGGUUGAAAUAUUUAUCUUCUCCCCCUCCCCCCGCCCCAUUUGUUUACAUUUGACAGCACUUUGCAAAAGGCGAUUUCAUUGUUUCCUUUGCAGUGUCAGUUUCUUUCUCCCUGACUGAAAGAAACGGGGGAGCCGAACACCCCAGUUAAUAAUACUUAAGGGAUAUUUUAAAAAGAAAAUUAGGAUAUACUGGCCAGAGCCUCAGCUGUUGUAAAUCAGCACAGCUCCCUUGAUACUGAUUUAUACCAGCUGAGGCGCUGGUUCACUGUAUAUGGGGAUUUCAACCAGAAAUGGCAAUUUUAAAAGUAGUAGUCAAUUAAAAAAAAUAUCAGAUUGACAGUGGUUCUAAGGACUCCUCCUGGGGGGGAAGGGGCUAACCUGAGACACUCCGCGGGGAGACUUUGAAAUCUGAAGUUGUUAUUAUUGAAGUAGCUACUUCAUAGCUACUUCAAUCUAAUAUGAAACCCUUGUGUAUGGAAAGGUGCCACAUCUCCCAGCUGCUGUGCAUCUCAAGAUUCUUAGAUUUGUGUGACAAUGCUGCAUUUCAAGUGACACUAUUUGGUAAUGGUUAAAGGAGAGGCCACUCUGAAAAUGGGAAAAGGAGAAGAAGGAAUAGUAGCAGGUAGGGAUCAUGGGUAGAGAAGGGAGCAGGGGAGUAGUAAUGGGAGGGAAAAUAUUGAUCCAUAUUAUCCAAGAAGGGAACCUGUCAGAUCAAAUCUGCCCCCAAACUGUAUCAGACAAAACCUAAAACCAAACUAGAUUUUUUUCCAGGAUUUUUAAAAAAUUCCAGUGGAAGGCCUUUCUGAACCACACAUAACCCUCAGCAGUAUUUGCAAACCACGGGCCAGAUCCGGAUCCUCUUGCUCAUGUUAAAUAGAACGAGAUGUCCCAUUGGCGCAGUUUGGCGAUGGAGAUGACUUUGCCAGCUUUCCACAAGCAGAGAGUUCCACAGGCCAUCUCCAUCCUCUUAGUCCACUUUGCACUGGUUAUAUGGUGCACAGUGGACGUAUCACACUGGAACAUCUGGCCCAUUGACUUCAGAGGGACUAUUUGAUGGAGCAAGGAAAUAUUCAAGGUGAGUCAGAGCAUCCGAACCCGGGCCACAUCAUUGUGUUAGUGCAAGAGAACCUGAAAACGAAACUAACUGGAAGGUGAUUUCAUUGUCCAAACUGAGAGAAAUGCAAGAAGGUAAUUAACUUGAUGGUAUUAAAACCAGAUUAGAUUUUUAAAAUUCAGUUAGAUUAUUUAAACUAGGAUGAUACUAAAAACAUAGGUGAAGGAAGGUUGUUGGCUUCAUUUUUUUUUUUUUUUAAUAUUUAACUUGACAUGGCCCCUGAAUCCCCACUCUGUCACUCUGAGUGCAGAAAGUUGGGGCCCGCAAGGAUUCUAAAAAUUAAUACUUGCCAUUCCAGGCUUGUAUUAAACUCCCAAGAUUAGAGCUUUUCUCUGACCUUGGCUUGGUAAAGGCUGCCACCAACCAAAUGCAAAAAAACUCCUUUGGAUCCAGGAAGGCACACUUGGGAAUUCCUCCCUGUGGGGUACCCUCAAGCCCUUUCACACACCCCUCUCUGGGGAAGAGCUGAGAAAGAAAACAAAGGAAAUUAGCUGUUGCCACCAGCUAAUCAAAUAGCAUAUGCACAAACCUCUUAGGACACCAAAAAUCCAAUCCUGUUCUUAAAAAAGGUAAAUUUUAUUAAAAACAAAAAGAAAGAAAAUACCUCUGAACUUAGGCUUUUUCUAGAUUUUAAAAGAGCAAUUCCAAAAAUCAAGCACCCAGAAUAGCUUUCUUGAGGGUUCAGCUUAAAGGUUACAAGCAAACAAAAGCAUCUGGGGUUAGCACAGAGGAGUCCAUAAGCCAAUAAGAAAUAAAAGAAAUAACCCUAAUCACAGCUUUUUAGACAUUCCCUAAUUUUACUUACAUAUCUGAGGCUUCAGAUAAGUAGGUUCGAGGUAUGAAUUGAUAAUCUAUAAUCAUACCUGCUUAAAGCUGCUUACGGCAUUGCUGCUCCGUGUCCCUGCAGCCCAGAGAACAACCGAUAAAGGGAAAGUUUCUUUCCCAAUUUUAAAAAGUUCUACUUUCCCAUUGGCUCUUUUGGUCAGGUGCCCAUUCCUUUCCUUUUACCUGUGGGCUUGUUAACCCUUUACAGGUAAAGCAAGCAGAGAACAGACACCAAGAGGGAUUUUACAGCUAACUGGCUGGCUGGGUGUCCAUAAGGGAGCUACCCCCUCUCCCCUCUUCAGUUAUCACACCUUAUGGACAGCCAGCCAGCCAGUUAUCACAGCCCCUUUAAAAGAAAUUAGCUUUCAGCAGCAAGGCUGUAAUGGCCUCUUUGGGUCGCUGGUGAUGUCCCAGGCCACUCACACUCUGCUCCUUGGCAAAAUAAUUUCCCUCAUCCUUUAUCUGUACAGAGGGGACCUUCCACCUGCACACCUGCUCCCUCCCAUACAGAAAGGGCAGUCGCAGCCACCGCUGUAGCAGUGUAUCCCCAGAUCCUGUGGAGGUUUCGUCUGGAGAACAAGGUGGAAGCUGGAUGGGGACAGGAGGAAUUUGGCAAGGGCUUUUCUCAGGGAGAUUUCCUCUCCCACCAGAGCCCUGGGAAGGGUGAUUGGCCCAUGGUUUGUAAUGUUACUGGUAACAGCAAAGGGACAUAAUAAUCUUGUAAUUCACAGUUGCCUCCAGGUCUCUCUAUAAAUAGCUCUUAUGAUUAACUUUUAGUUCCCUAGACAUUUGUUAAUAGAGGUAUUUAUUUCAGCCCCUGUAGGACAUGUCACAAUGGGAUCUCUGCACAGGGAGAGCUCACCUUCUCACCAGCCCGUGGGAGCAGCCACUCAGAGUAAUAGGAGUGCUUCAUAGAGCUGGGGAACUGAGUGCAUUGUUGGCUGGUAACGAGCUAAUACUUUAUGCACUCGUUGAAAGCUUAUGAAUCCCCAGCUUGGUGCACACCAAUGCAUUAUUGCAUAUCAUCUUCUGUACAUAACAUAUGGAGAGCUUGAGCCACUUGGGGGCAUGUUACUUCCAUAGGUACUGACGCAUUCUGGAAAGUGUCUAGAGAAGAGCUACUAAAGUCAUGCUGGAGGGGACUCAGGGUACUAGGCUAAAGCUCUUAAAGCCCCAAUCCUGCAAUGAGUUCUCUGCAGACAGACUCCCUGCACCUGUGUGGGUACAGAGAGUCUGAAUGCACAGAUCACAUUGCAAGAUAAGGGCCCAAGUCUCUUCUGGUUGGAGAAGAAGAGGCUGUGGCAAGGAGUGGAGCUUACUUCCAAGUAUAACUGCCCAAAUGGAAGACAUGUUGUGAUCGGCGCAAUCUAUAUGAGGGCCGAAGAACCAAGCAAUCAAGGUGAACUGCUCAAAACAGGCCUUACAAAGACAUAGGCUUUAAUUAAGCAACAACAGGAAAAUGCUUGAACGCUCUGAGACAGGUAACUUUGUAAAAUACCCUCUAAUGACUGUACACCAAUACUGCCUAUGCCACACACCAGUGGUGCCUUGCUGAACCAUUUCAAAGGAAGGCUAAGCUGACUCACAGCACAGCUCACAGUAUUCACUCAUUUCACUACAGCCCCAGGGGUGCAGCCCAUCUGCAUUUCCAAAUCCAGGAUUGAGACUGAAUUUUUUUGGGAGGGGGGGAUUUUGCAUUGAAAUAGAGUCUGCUUUUAUUCUUGCAAACAGAAUGCACUGGAUGUGGUUUUUCAGCACGACUGGCCAUUUCAAGACAUGGCUUGGGACUGUUGUUCAUUUUUCCAAAGUAGUUGGCAUUUUAUAUGUGAACCAAUUCAUGUAUUGAAAAGCACGUGUUUUUCUCUCCCCUGCAGAAUGGAAAUAGGUUUUACUACAGAAGGUGGGCUGGUGUUCUGAAGUGUUCCUUAAGACACAAUCAACAUUCUAACACUCGGCUAUAUCAGGUUUUAAGGAGAAUAAUGAAUAACUGGCUGUAAAAAGUCUCUCUGCGCUGACACUCAGCAAACCAAGGGGUCCAGUCCAAAGAACAUUUUUGUACAAAAUUUGGGGUGGGGGAACUUGGCUGCUUUUUAUUUUUAAUCAAAGAAGUGCUCAACAUGGAAGCACUUUCUUGUUUUACUGCGUGGCUUGGGAUUUAUUGUUUGCUUUGACUUAAUAAUCAGCAAGAGAUCAGUCUAUGGUGCAAGUUCAAUGAUUUGAAAAAAUAUUAACAUCUAAAAGUCAAGUGCCACACACAGACAAUUUUAUGUAUUCGGUUUCUACUGCAUUGUCUUCUGUGCAAUGGAAAGGAGUGAUUCUCAGGCACAUAAGGCACUAUGGACAAUAUGGCCCAUGAGCAUUAACCAGUCGAGCUGUUGCAGUGUAGAGAGAUUUUAUGCUUUUUUAAAGAAAAACUUUCUUGUACUUCUUAAAGUAGUUUUUAAAAAUAAAUAAAUAAAUAACGAGGUUGUAAAAGAACCCAGCAAAGACUUAAAUGUUGGACUGAAGUCCUUG